ACUCCUCGUCGACGGAAUUUCCGGAGAGCGACGGAGAUGAGGUUGCGGCAGCUUCAGCUUCAGCUUCAGCUUCCGCCUUCUGCAGCCUCCUCUCUCUGCGCCGCUCCUUCUCAUUCAUGGCGUCCAAGACCGUUUCGCUUCAUCCGCACCCUUACUUCGCCUCCCUCCCUAUCACGUUCGCUCUCACUGUGCUCUCGCUCUUUCUGUUCCAACUCGACCUCGCGGCCGUUCUCCGAGUCCUCCGCGGCAGCGCCCGAGGAAUCCUCGAAACGCGCUCCUCUGAAGCCUGGCCUCUAUCUCGUGGGAACACCUAUUGGCAAUCUUGAGGAUAUCACUUUGCGUGCGCUUCGCGUGUUGAGGUCAGCCAAUGUAAUACUUUCAGAAGAUACAAGGCACUCGGGGAAGUUGCUUCAGCAUUACGAUAUUAAAACCCCUCUCCUGAGUUAUCAUAAAUUCAAUGAGCGUCAAAGAGAGCAAACGGUGCUAAAAAGGUUGAAGCAGGGUGAAAUAGUGGCAGUGAUCAGUGAUGCUGGAACACCAGGCAUCAGUGAUCCAGGCAUGGAAUUGGCAAAAUCAUGCGUGGAAGAAAAUAUUCCUGUUAUUCCUAUUCCUGGACCUUCUGCUUUGGUAGCUGCUCUCUCUGCCUCGGGAUUGUCAACAGAAGAGUUUACAUUUGUUGGAUUUCUGCCAAAACACUCUGGAGCAAGGAGAGAGAGGCUAUUAAUUUCUGUAAAUGAAGCAAAGACUCAGAUAUUCUAUGUUCCUCCUCAUAAGCUUCAUCAAUUUCUUGAGGAAGCCUCAACCAUUUUCAGCGAGUCAAGAAGAUGCGUUGUAGCUCGGGAAAUUACUAAGAUUCAUGAAGAGUUCUGGCGGGGUUCGUUGGGGGAAGCUAAAGAAGCAUUUUUGACACGUCAAGCGAAGGGAGAAAUUACUCUGUUAAUUGAAGGCAAGACAGACUGUUCUGUUGAGAUGCCAUCAGAGGACCAGCUUGAAAAUGAACUAAGACACUUGAUGUCCAGUGGGCACAGCCUUUCUGCGGCUGUCAAAGUGGUUGCUGAAGGAACAUCUGCUAGUAGGAAGGCAGUGUAUUCACUUGCAUUGCGGAAAUUUGGACAGCAACGCGAGGGUGGAGAUGACUGACUUUACAUUUUGCUGUGGCCUGGAACAUAUUAUGCUGUAGUUUCUGCUAAGGCUCUUGAGCCUAUGUGCUUCUGGCUGUCAGACUGUAUCGGCAAGUGAAAAGGCAAAAAGAACUUUUCUGCCAGUGGAGAGAUCUCUAGUCAAUUCAUGCAUCAACAUUUUCGGGAGACAGAACUUGGGCACCGAGGCAGAGUAAUUCGCCAUCCCUUACAUGUAGAAAUUGAGUCAAUGACUGACAUGGCAGCCUUAGAUUUCCUUUUGCCUUGUAGUGUCUCUACUUGAAGGAACUGCUAGUUUUACUUUGUCCAUUGGCAUUCCUGCAAUUGCCAUGGCUCUGUUAGCAAUUAUUAUUAUCUAUGCUGAGCAGUUGACCGUCUCUUGAAAGAUUGGUCAUUUACAUAAUGAAUGAUGUCUGCAUGUAUUUGACCCAUAUUA